AUGGCCGAGCCCCGAGGGGCCGAGAAGCCAGCACCCAAGGCCUCCUUCGUACCGACCGCACUGAGCCUACGGAGCUCCCCGCAGCCCCGCCCCUCAAGAGUGGACACCGGCAGCCUGGGCAGGUACCGGGGCAACGCCGCCGCCUCCCGGGAGCCCCCCUUCCACGGCUCGCUGAUGCUCUCGGGAAUGGGCACGGGCUCGGGGCGCCGGCGGGGAGCGCUGCGGGAGCUGCUGGGGCUGCAGGGGGCGGCUCCCGCCCGGUGGCUGUCAGAGGAACGCCCUGAGGAGCAGUCCGCGGGUGGCCCGAACGGGCCGGGCGGUAGCGGGCUGUGCCUGGAGCCCCGGGAGCACGCGUGGAUACUGGCGGCCGCCGAAGGCCGCUUUGAGGCGCUACAGGAGCUGCUGGAAGCCGAACCCGGGCUGCUGCUGCGGGGCGACCCGAUCACGGGCUACACGGUGCUGCACUGGCUGGCCAAGCACGGGCGCCACGAGGAGCUCAUCCUGGUGCAUGACUUCGCCCGGCGCCGGGGGCUGCCGCUCGACGUGAGCGCCCCGGGUAGCGGCGGCCUCACGCCCCUUCAUCUGGCAGCCCUGCAGGGCCACGACAUGGUCAUCAAGGUGUUAGUGGGAGCCCUGGGGGCGGACCCCACGCGCCGCGACCACAGCGGUCACCGGGCUUGUCACUACCUGCGGCCCGAUGCGCCCUGGAGCCUGCGGGAGCUGGCGGGGGCUGAGGACUGGGAGACGGCGGUGGGCAGAGACCGGAACAACGCCAACAACAACAGCAGCGGCGGCGCCGCCGCGUGGACGCAGCGACGCACCCCGAGCGCAGUGGGCGCGCCGGCGGUGGAGACGACAGCCAGAGCGGCGGCCGCGCCGGCCAAGGAGAAAAACUCCGUGGGUAGCCGGGUGGCCCAAAUACAAGGCCUUCUCCGCCAUAUGUUCCCCUUCUUCCAGGACCGUUGAAGGCGACGGAGACUGAUGGUGAAGCUUUGAGUGACUUUUUUUUUUUUUUCAUUAACCACCGAGGGGGAAGCUUCCUACGCUUGCAGGGAAGAGGUCAUCAACCCAUGGCCACGAGCAAGUGAUCCAGAUCAGGCUCUGGACCUCAUUCUCAGAGCAAGUGACCCAGCUGUGCACCAAAGGAGCUACCUUCACCUUGGCUCUGAGUAGAGACACACAGUUUGUAACAUUGCCUAGCCUACCUCUUCCUGUCUCCUGGGCUCUCUGGCAUCUAGGUCUGGCCUCCCGCACAAGUCUCAUCCCAGAGGAGUUGUCUGCAGGGAGCAGAGGGGGCGUGAAAGGAAAAAGCCUCCAAAUAUAUAUAUUUCUAAUAUUU